AUGCAUAAAAACCCAGUCCUUGGAAUGGUGAAGGGCUGAAGCAGAGACAAACAAACUUUUCCUGAAGAGUCCAAAUGGCUUCCACCACCUUCCUUACCCUGCCCUCUGGGAGGCGGAUGCCUCAACUUGGCCUGGGGACCUGGCUGUCUCCUCCAGGUAUUGUUCAAGACGCCAUUAUGGUAGCAGUCAAAAAUGGCUACCGGCACAUUGACUGUGCUUAUCUGUAUGAAAAUGAGGGGGCUAUCGGUGAAGGUCUUGAGAAGGUACUGAAGGAAGGUCAUGUGAAGAGGGAAGAUCUUUUCAUUGUUAGCAAGCUGUGGAACAGCUACCACGCUUGCGAAGAUGUAAAGCCAGCUUGCUUGGAAAGUAUGAGGCUGCUAAAAGUGGAUUACCUGGAUCUCUACCUAAUGCACUCCCCAAUGGGCAACAAGAACGUCAAGGGAGAGCUUAUGCCACAGAAGGAUGGCAAAGUGAUUCAGUGUGACAUUGACUACAUGGAAACAUGGAAGGCUAUGGAGAAGCUAGUGGAUGAAGGCCUGGUGAAAAGCAUUGGGGUGGCCAACUUUAACCAGUGCCAACUGGAAAGGCUGCUCUCUGAAGCAACAAUUAAGCCUGAUGUUCUCCAGGAGGAGCGGCAUAUUUACCAAACCCAGUGCGCUCUGAUUGCCUUCGCGAAGCUCAAAGGGAUUGCCUUCACCGGAUACAGCCCCCUGACAUCUCCACAGCGUCCUUUCCCUCCAGGUAAACUAGAUCCCAAGAAUGGUAUGGAAGACCCAGUGGUGAAGGAAAUUGCUCAGAAGCAUGGGAGAUCUCCUGCUCAGGUUAUGAUCCGCUUUAAUAUACAAUCCAAAAUAGCCACAAUCCCAAAGAGCCAAACACCUGCUCACAUCAUCGAGAACUCAAAGGUCUUUGAUUUCUGCCUCUCAGAUGCAGAGAUGAAAAAACUGGAAUCACUCCAUUGUGGGGCGCGAGCUGUUGCCUGGGACAUCUUGGGGAUGGGCACCCAUAAGUACUACCCUUUCGGCAAGGAUCAGUAAUUCCGCUAGUGACAGAAUGCUUUCCUACAAUCUUAAAGGCAUGGAAAUAGCUGAGUCCGCUUUUUGCAUUUUGUAUCUAGUCCAACCUAGUUAAUUUUGCUAGCGCCGUAGCCGCUGAUUUUCCCUGAGUGAUGGAACAGCAGGCGAACAGAUAUCAUUGGUCUGUGAUGAAAGGGUUUGUGUCUCCAGAGGGAUUUGGAAGAGGAUCGGAUGGGAAUCCAAUGUUCACCUGACCCUGAAGUCUGCCUAUGCUGAGCUCCUCCAUCCUCGAAUCCAUCCACGCAGCACUGCAAAGUGGGGAGGGGCACCAAUCCUACAGGGAGCUCUGUAGUGCUGAGGCCAGCAUGUCCCUGAGAGCUAAGAGCCUACCCUUGAGAUGUUCCUUCUGUACCUGCAAGUUAGCACUCUGAUACCAAAUCAAGAGGAGGAGGAGGAAAGCAACUAAGCAGACACAGCCAGCAAAUCACAUAUUCAGGAAGGGCAAGUUGAACUUUAAAAGAUGGAUUUUAUACACAAGCUGAGCUUGCUUUAUUUUGUCGAAGGCUUUCACAGCCGGAGAGCGAUGGUUGUUGUGGACUUUCCGGGCUGUAUCGCCGUGGUCUUGGCAUUGUAGUUCCUGACGUUUCACCAGCAGCUUUAUUUUAUUUUUUUAAGCACAAUGAUAUUUCCUAUGAUGGUGGGAAAUACUCUGCAACUUAUCUAGGAAUUCUCUCCCUGCUUGUCUCAGUAAAAUAGCUACAUUUGCCAAACUGAA